ACCAAAUGGUGUUUGUAAAUAUGUCAGUGUGGUCAGCCUGAGUCUGUAGUGAGCUGUGGACAGUGAUGGCAGGUACAGGGAGCCACUGUCGGGAUGAGCAGGUCUCCUCCCCUCUCUGAUCUGAUCUGGGACCUGUCAGAUCUCCACACCGUCUUCAUCCAGCAGAGCCGCAGGGACUAAUGAUCGAUAUUUUUUGCGACGCUUCGUUCGGACAAACGGAUAUUGGAAAUAUUUCUGUGGAUUACAACAUUUGUUUUUGAAGAUGGGAUUACACAAAGGCAAUCACAGGAGAAUCGUGUGCUCGGUCGGCUUAAAGAAGUCAAUGUGAAGAGGCUUUAAACAGGCCAGCAGAGCCGAAAACAACAACAUGGCAAAAAUUGGGAGUGAAAAAUCCUUUCUUUCAAGACAGCGGUUGUCAAACAGGACAUCUGAUGAAGAGCUUGCUGUCAUUGAAAAUGGGGACAGCAGGACUCACUCUCUUUGUGAAGAAAACACUGAGACAGCGCUGUCAUCAGAGUCCCACAGAGGCCUAUUUACGGGUGCAGGGGCCAUGGCCAGGCUCUCUUACGCCUUCUUCAUGCUGCGAACGUGGGCGUCUCACAGAGUAAACCCUGAAACAGAGAGGCAUGACUCUUUUCUGGAGCGCUUCAGAGGACCUGAGCUCAAAGACACCUCCAGUCGAGACAGCAACGCCCAGUCUCUGGGCCACAACGACACAGCACGUAAAAGAAAGAAAGAGAUCUGGAUUAUGGAUCCAGCCGCAGACCAGUACUACAGAUGGUUGACCAUCAUCGCAGGCCCCGUGUUUUACAACCUGAUGAUGAUUGUAACCAGAGCCUGUUUUAAUGAACUCCAGGACACGUAUACAAGACUCUGGUUAGUCCUGGACUACACCGCAGAUUUCAUCUACUACGGAGACACAUUCGUCAGAGCGAGAACAGGUUAUUUGGAACAAGGCCUUCUGGUGAAAGACUCCAAGAAACUGAGAGAUAAAUACAGAACCACGUCUCAGUUUAAGUAUGACAUCAUCUCCAUGAUACCUACUGACUUACUGUUUUUGAAAUUUGGCUACAACAACCCGGAGUUCAGAUUCAACCGUCUUUGCAAAAUCUCCCGGCUGUUUGAGUUCUUUGAGCGGACUGAAACCAGAACGAGCUUCCCCAACAUGUUCCGUAUCAGUAACCUCGUACUUUACAUCCUCAUUAUUAUCCACUGGAAUGCUUGUUUGUUCUUUGCCAUUUCUAAAACCAUUGGUUUUGGAACUGAUACAUGGGUGUAUCCCAAUAUUAGCCACCCGGAGCAUGGCCGCUUGGCUAGAAAAUACAUCUACUCUUUGUAUUGGUCCACGCUGACGCUCACCACCAUCGGGGAAACCCCUCCACCUGUCAGGGAUGUAGAAUACCUCUUUGUGAUCUCCGACUUCCUCACUGGUGUGCUCAUCUUUGCUAGUAUCGUGGGUAACGUCGGUGCCAUGAUCUCCAACAUGAACGCCUCUCGUGCUGAGUUCCAGGCAAAGAUCGACUCCAUUAAGCAGUACAUGCAGUUUCGAAAAGUCACCAAAGACCUGGAGGCCAGAGUCAUCAAGUGGUUCGACUACCUGUGGACAGAGAAAAAGACCUGCGAUGAGAAGGAAGUGUUGAAGAACCUUCCAGACAAGCUGAGGGCCGAGAUUGCCAUCAACGUCCAUUUGGAUACUCUAAAAAAAGUGCGUAUUUUCCAGGAUUGUGAAGCAGGUCUGCUGAUUGAAUUGGUGCUCAAGCUGCAGCCGCAAGUGUUCAGUCCUGGAGAUUACAUCUGUAAGAAGGGAGAUAUUGGCAGGGAGAUGUACAUCAUCAAGGAGGGGAAGCUGGCUGUGGUGGCAGAUGAUGGAGUCACUCAGUUCGUAGUGCUCAGUGACGGCGCGUACUUUGGGGAAAUCAGUAUUUUGGGUAUCAAAGGUAGUAAAGCAGGCAACAGGAGAACAGCCAACAUCAGAAGUGUCGGUUACUCCGAUCUCUUCGCCCUGUCCAAAGAUGACUUGAUGGAAGCUCUCACUGAGUACCCUGACGCCAAAAAAAUUCUGGAGGAGAAGGGAAAAUCCAUCCUGAUGAAAGACAACCUGAUCGACGAAGCUAUUGCCAACGCCGGCGCCGACCCCAAAGACUUGGAGGAGAAGGUCAUCAAACUGCAGGGCAACCUGGACGACCUGCAGACAAAGUUUGCCAAGCUGAUGGCGGAGUUGACCUCCAGCCAGACGAGGAUGAAGCAGAGGGUCACACAGAUGGAGGGCAAAGUGAAAUCCAUACAACCCGAGGACCUUGCAGAAGUGAUGGCAGACAAAGACAAAAAAGUUCAGUAAAACGGAGAGAUACUUGAGGACUUUGAAGGGAAUGAAGGAAUUUUCACGUAGAAUAGCACAGCAACACUUUUUAAAGGCCCAUGUUUGUAUGUAUUUAUACGUCUGUUCAUAUUAUCAUCAUAAUGUGUCAAAACAUGUACAGCUAAUGCAGCAAUGCAUACUUUUGCGUGUAUUCUUUACAGUAUUGAAAACAUUCAUGACAAUUUCAUGUUGUCAUGAACUUCUUAAGUUUGUUCAUCAGAAGCACUUGAGUAUGCAAAACCUGGCUUUCCAAAGCCUUAGAAUAACGGGGAAUGUUUUCUUUCCUGAUCAGUAUCGAGGUUUUUUAUUUUGAAUGAAAAAAACAGCAUCAAGCGAUGGUUUUGGUACUGUAUGUGAAUGUAUGGAAUACACUGUAAUGCAGUUUUGUUUAUAAGUUAUGAUCAGCAUACACUGUCAGAUGUAAAUUAUAAUGU